GGCAUUUCAGUCAGACACUCAGAGGGACUUGACUCUCCUUUGAAGCCAGCACAUCUCCAGUUCUCUUCCCAGUCUUAACAAACAAACCCAAAACUCCAAGAUGUACUCCAGAAAAUCCUUUUCAAUUGCUGGCUCAAGCGGCAGCUCUCGGAGAUCCCUAGCGGGACCCACAUCUGGUAGCUUCACCAUCAAGAGAGCCAGUUACAAUGUCGGUUCCGGUGCUGGUGGCUUUGGAGGUAGUGCUGUUGGUUUUGGUGCUGGCGGCUUAGGUUUUGGCAGUUCCUUUAGCUCUGGCUCAAUGGUCAGCGGCGGUAGUUAUGGGGGUGGAAUGAUUGCCCCGAUCCAAGCGGUCACUAUCAACCAGAGUCUGCUGACCCCCCUGAGUCUGGAUAUCGACCCUAACAUCCAGGCUGUCCGCACACAGGAAAAGGAGCAGAUCAAGACCCUCAACAACCGAUUUGCUUCCUUCAUUGACAAGGUCCGAUUCCUGGAGCAGCAGAACAAGAUGUUGGAGACCAAAUGGAGCCUCCUGCAGGAACAGACCACCACCCGCUCCAACAUUGACGCCAUGUUUGAAGCGUAUAUCGCCAACCUGCGCAGGCAACUCGAUGGGCUGGGUAACGAGAAAGUCAAGCUGGAGGGAGAACUGAAGAACAUGCAGCUCCAGGUGGAGGACUUCAAGAGAAAGUAUGAAGAUGAAAUCAACAAACGGACAGCUGCAGAGAAUGAGUUUGUGGUCUUGAAGAAGGAUGUUGACAGUGCCUACAUGAACAAGGUGGAGCUGGAGGCCAAAUGCGAUGCUCUUCAGGAUGAAAUCAACUUCCUCAGAGCUGUCUAUGAGGCUGAACUUCGGGAGCUGCAGUCCCAGAUCAAGGACACCUCUGUCAUUGUGGAGAUGGACAACAGCCGUAACCUUGAUAUGGACGCAAUUGUGGCUGAAGUCAAGGCUCAGUAUGAGGACAUCGCCAACCGCAGCAAGGCUGAGGCGGAAAACUGGUACAAACAGAAGUAUGAGGAGAUGCAGAACUCUGCUGGACAGUACGGCGAUGACCUUCGCUCAACCAAGGCUGAAAUUGCCGAGCUGAACCGCAUGAUCGCCCGUCUCCAGAAUGAAAUUGAGGCAGUGAAGGCACAGAGGGCUUCCCUUGAGGCCCAGAUCGCAGAAGCUGAAGAGCGCGGUGAGUUGGCAGUGAAGGACGCCAAGCUCCGCAUCAAGGAUCUGGAGGAAGCCCUUCAGAGAGCCAAGCAAGACAUGGCCCGCCAGGUGCGCGAAUACCAGGAGCUGAUGAACGUCAAGAUGGCCCUGGACAUUGAAAUCGCUACCUACAGGAAGCUGCUGGAAGGAGAGGAGUACAGACUGGCCUCUGGACCCGCCAGUGCAACCAUCCACGUGCAGCAGUCCUCAAGCGGAUACUCCAGCGGAGGCGGCUCAAGCUCUGCUGGAUUCGGCUUUGGUGGUGCCAGCAUGUCUAGUGGCUAUGGCGGUAGUAUGUCUGGUGGUUAUGGUAGUACCGUCACCAAGUCCACAGUUUCCACAACCAGUUCCAGGAGAUUGCUUUAAGAAGGAGAGUAGUCCCUCUUCACUUUCUGAAAACCUUCAAUUGACCAAAAUCGGUUUGUCCUGCCACAGUGCCACCAUGGUGCAGGCAUGCUAGUCCAAAAUCGAGCCUUUUGCCAAAUUAUACCAGCUAAAAAAAACUGCUACCAAGGGUGUCCCAAGAAUCUCUGGGUCCAUUAAAUACUCAGUUGCAACAUUCAUCGUAAAUAAAGAGUUUCUGAAAACAAAUGUGGCCUCAAACAUGGGCCGGGUCUGUUGCGAAUUGCAAAAUGAGUCAUAUUUCUGUACUGACAGAAAAGAAGCCAAAAAGGAAUGGACUGUUGUAACCAUGCAAGGGAAACAAGCAUGUUUUGCACACAAUCUUGAGGAAUAGAUGCUAUGAAAUAGACAAGGAGAUUGAUUCAGUUCUCAAAGUCUGCAAUUUUUAAAUUUUAGUGCCAACACCGGUAAAGAGAACUGGAGUUGAAAAGUAGGAAUUUCACGUUUACAAUUUAGAAUAAAACAUGAGUUAAAAUGUCUACUUCCAUAGUCUUUUUAUAGCACUUUCAAAUAUGUUCCCCUUCUUUUUUCAACAUUUCAUUGCCUUGAUGCUUCAGUUACAUUGACACCAGAUUUAUUUUGAAAAAACCCUCUGAGCUACAUGAUUGAUGAUAUUUGCAUCAGAAACAUCACCAAUAAAAAUCUGAGUACCGGAA